GAUCAUAGUGGUUGACUAUCUGGUUGAUCUGUUUUUGAUUCGUGACUUGAUGAUUGUAAGGAAUUACCGGGUGAAUUAGUGUUUGAAUUUUCAAGAUCACUUUGACCUUUAUCUUGGUGGAACAAACUGUAUCUCGCAUUAUUUUGACAAUUUAUCAUGCUUUCACCUUUCUGUGUAUGAAACCUAUUAAAACUUGUACAGAAAAAUGCCAAAUCCCCGGGAAUUCGUUGGAGCUAGUUCAGGUUCUAGGAGAGGACGUCGUUCAUAUCCAAAGGUUGAAACUUUGAAUAAAGGGUUAAACUGUGAACCUAUAAUAUUUCAUCGUGAAUAUACUAAACGAAUUUUACCUCAGUCUUCAAGAGGUAAACCUAGAGGCAAAGCUGGUCGCCCUCGGAAAUAUAAAGUGGAGGUUUCAAAAAAUUACCAGGAUUCUCCACCUAUUUCUGAAACGUUGGAUUCAUUUGCUCGUUCUCCUAGUCUUUCAUCAGAUAAAACACCAUGUAAACGUCAACGCAGAUUGUCAAAAGAUGAUCCUAAUUCUAUUCCUCGUCUUACUAGUCAGAAGUCUGAUCGAUCGAGUAUCAAGAUCAAGUCAGAUGAAGCUGUCUACAAACUGUCAGUGUCUCAGUCUUCUGAACGAUCAAGUGAUGAUCAGUCUGUUAAAGUUAAAAAUUUUACAUGUCAUGAGUGUGGAAUGCAGUUUAAAACUAAAGGAAGAUUUGACAAACACAUACCUUGUCGCGUACAUAGAAAUUCUGAGUAUUUUCAGAAACCCCAUUUAAAGAGAGGCAGAAAAUCAUUGAAUUCAAAGUCAUUGAACAACAUUAAGCUUCCCUCUUGCUCAAUUCAGCGUAAAAAUAGUGACAGCGUGGAUCAAACCUCAUUACUUGUUCGUAUAAUUGGUAAACCUCUAAAACCAGACAAUUUCAUCACAUAUUUGAAUGACGAGUCAAACGAAGCAAAUGAUGCUAAUUUCUCACCUCGUAAACCAUCUAUUACGGGAAUUCUAAAAUUCCAUCUUUCGCCCAAUCAAACUAUUGAAUUUUUGGUUUGUGCAAAUAAAUUGGCUGUGAAACAGUGUAUUUCAGCAUUGGAUACCAAUUCACUGAUUGGUGAUGAUAGCACAGUAUUUGGUGGGAUGAAUAAUUGUAAUACAAAAGGAUAUUUAACAGAAUUAAACACUUCUUCUUCAUCGUUACCACUCACUUCAUCAUCAUCUUAUCUGUCUACAGACUCUAUAUUAAUGCCAUCCUCCUCAUUAUCUUCACUGAAUUCCGGUAAAGGGAAUCAAGAAGCUUACACAAAUUUAACAACUGUUUAUCAAAAAGAUUAUAUUUUUAACACACAUGAUAUAAAUAUGACAUCUAAUUCAUUAGAAUAUCAUGAUCGUAGUCAAGAUGAAUUACAGGCUGCACGAACCAUUCUAUCAUUAGCUCGUGGAAGUACUGAUGAUAUGGUUUUGAAUAUGGGACAAAUUAUGAUGGAAUUAGAUAAUGCACCAAAAGUGAAUAAUUCAUGUGAAAAGAGAGAUACGCCAUAUAAUACUGAUAUUAACAACACUAUAACGGAGUUGAAAACUCAAGGUGAUGAAAUCGCUGAACACCAUUCUCGUUGGAUGUCUAAACAAGAGAAUGAAACAAGUGAUAAGUCAGUGUCUAGUGUAUCAUCCACUGAACAUUCAGUUGGACCAAUCAGUAACUUAAAUGCAUUCUCAAAUACCGUAGUGGAAGAUAAGAUUUCGAAUGAUUUGAAUAAAUGUGUCUCAGGUGAUAACAUAACCACUACAACCAUUACCACCACCAACAAUAAUGUACCUCUUAGUCGCCCUACAGAUCAUUUAAUUGCUAUCCAACCUUCAAAGUUAUCAACUCAUUGUACCACAGAUGUUUGGAAUCCAAUCUCUACUUCACAGAAUUGUAGUAUUAAUAACAACAGUAAUAAUAAUACUAAUAAUAUUGUGGUACAGAGAAAAAUUCGUCCACCUCCUAAAAAAAGGCUUUCAACAAAUUAUACUCGAUCAAACUCGUCUCGUUCAUUUACAGACAAUACGAACUCGACUCCAAAACUUCAGGACAAUAUUAAUCAAACGAAGACUUCAUCUUCGAUCAACUGUGAACAAUUAACUGUUUCACAAUCUACCAAACAAGUUAUCAAUAUAUCAUCGAGUUACUCGUCUAUUUCAACGGAACAAAUUGAUACGCAACUACCUAGUUUCCCUUCUACUUCAGGAAUCGGAUUACUUCCUACUCCUAUACAAUUUACUAAUGUUGUUUAUGGUAAUCCGAAUUUUAUUUCAUCACAAAAUACACCAUUAACUUCUUAUGUAUCUAACAUAGAUCCUAUUUCGCAUCAAUCCAAUCCAAUGAAUGGAUUUACAAUGGUUUUUCCUUCACCUAGACCUAUUACACCUACACCAUCGACACUAAAUGGAUCUCAACCAUCUCCAAGUUUUUUCAUAUUACCUCAGUUAAUGGUUUUGCCUAGAUUUAUUGGUUCUUAUAUACCAAUGAUAACUGCACCAGAACCAUAUCCAUCUACAAUAAAUCCUAUUCAAAGUACGAAUUUGGCUGAAACACGAUCAUCUACAUUUAUGACAAGUUCACUUGUAACACCUAUACCUACAGCUCAACCUGAAUUUUCAACAAAUCAUCCACCAGUUAAAACAAUCAUUCUUCAACCUCCUACAUCAACUAGUGUAUUUGGUGCUGAUAUAAACACUACAGUUUCUCAAUUAUCAGACGAUCAUCAAUCAAAGCCUGUUAAUAAUAAUACAUAUGAGGAUGUGAAGGAGACUAAUGGAUCCGACUCUAAUUUAAUAUUAUCACAUCAAUCAGAUACAUCAGUAAAUUCAGGAAAAGAUAAAUUAUUGCUACCACCGACAGUGAUUUCCACUCCAAAUAGUCCAAGUUGUUCUAAAAAAUAUGAUAGUGCUAAAUGCGUAUGGAGCAGCGGUGGGUUUAACACGACUAAACCAAUUCCAAUAAGACCUGUACCCGAAGUUUCUAGAAUCAAAUCAAACAAUGCAUUAUCAACUGUACAAAAUAAAUCAUUACAAGACCAAUUUCAUACUGGAGCGGGACAAAACGCUUCGGAUCAAAAAAUGUUACCACUACUAGUUUCCAGUAAUGAUUUAACAAAUAAUUUCACUAAAUUAAAUCCUACUGUAACUACAUGUCUUGUCACCAGUACAUCUGCCAACAAUAUUAUUAUUCCUGCCAUUAAUUACAGUCAUUCUUCCUCUUCUUCUUCUGCUUUCACUUCAUCCUUAUCUGGUAAUUUUAUUUCACCGAGCAAAAGUGUCGGUGUUGAAAUUUCAGUUGAUAGCAAACAAUCUCAUCAACAAGUUCAACACAACAAACUUGUUACAAUUUUACCAGCCAAUCAGCCCGACAGGAUCAAAUGUCAAUACCGACCAAUUCAUCAUAAAAGACGAAUAAAUUUUACAAAGCUCAACAAUCAUAAAAAAUAUUUAUCGAAUUCACUUAAUUCACAACGGUCUAACACUUCUAUACGUGGGAGAUAUCGUUGUCAAGAUAAUUCAUUGCAUACUACUAAAUCCUAUCAUCAUUUGAAAAAACAUUGGCAUACACAUUCUAAUAUUCGACCGUUUGUUUGUCAUAAUUGUGAUAUUUCUUUCAAAACACGCGGUAAUCUAAGCAAACAUAUGAAAUCUCGUUGUCAUCAUGACAGGUAAAUGACUUGUUGUUUGUUAAAUUCCCGAAAUUUGUUUGCUGUUUGUUAGAAGAUUUGAAUCUCGUUUCUUUUUUGCUGGGGGGAUAUAGACAAGAACUAAUGGAAAAAUUAACUUUGAGCUAAGCUAAUCGUAUGACGAAAUUACGAUAUCAUCUAAAUUUUAUCAAACACAUUUAGAUUCCCUUAGUUUACAUCACAAACUAAUCCUAGUUUCACAACUAUUGAAAGUGGGGAAGGGCUAACAGCUAUUUCAUCCUAGUGUGAAACUCAGUAAUGCGUACCUGAGAACGUGCUAGGGCUCGGACCGAGAACAUUCAGGUUUUGCAGUGAACACUUAACAUUUAGAUCACUGAGCCAACAUCCGACAACUUACGUUUCUAACUUAAAUCAAUGUGCAAUAAUGUCUAACAAUCUUCUAAUGCCUUCGGUGGGUAACUGCUUCGUGUUCGACAAGUUUGAACUCCACUGAUCAUGACUUCUCACUGGAGCUCCCGGAAUCACCUUUCGACGUUAAUCACUAAUGACCACGUGAUUUCUGUUGCCAUGGGGGUUUGGGGAUAUUUUUGAAUUUCCGUAGCUUGAACGUUUAUUUUUAUUUGUUUGAACACAUAAACAUUGAUACAAGGAGGCACCAUAUACAUAUGCACCACACGAUAACGGCGAGGUCAGUAUCAGUUAUCAUUAAUUUAUGUGAGGGCUGUGAUACUAUCCGAGUGCCCAAACGGAAGCAGGUGGUUUUCUCAAGAGGCUACUCCCUAAGCCUUUGACCUACAGGUCUAAUCCACAAGGCAGUGGAGCAACGUUAGGAGAUUCAGUCCCAUGGUAACCGGUGACCAAAAACAAGUUCAUACUCCUUUUGGUCCCUCAGGAUCCUGUAGCCCAUGUGAACCAUUGGUUUAGAAUGAGGGUUUUCCAACUUUCCUAGAUGGAUCCUGGAUACCCACCGACCCGGUUAAAGUGCCGGACACUCGCUUUUCGUCCUCUCAAUUUCGUGCAAACACCCCUACUACGAGAAGGCCGUGAGUAGGACUUCCCUGGUAGGUGCUGUAUACUCGUGGCCAUGUGAAAGCAUUUCGAAAGGAAGAGCUGACUCUCCUCACUCUCGGCUGUACCAGGGCUUGUCAGGAUUUAAAAUUAUUUGUAAUUCAAGCUUAGUUUCAACUUCAGUCAUUCUCCGUUUUUUAGGUUUAGGUCACAUAUUUUAACUACACAAUUUUUUGGUUCUAGUUAUUAUACAGUUCCUUUUUAUAGAUUUCAGUAAUACGCUUCACGAUAGACCUUUUAUUGAGAAUGACUUUUAAAUGUCUUUAGGUAAUUGUAAGUAGUAAUUAUUUGACUGUAGUUAAUAAUAUGGUCUAGUACUCGAGGUCUGGGACCUCUCAAAUCGAAGUAUCUCAGUCAGUCAUAGACAAAGUAGAAAUUGGAAAACACGUGUAUCCGGUAAACUACUGCACUUCAUGAUACUAGGAGGAAUUUAUCAGGAUAGAGUCUAAAUGAGUCAAAACGAUAGCUAAGUUUCUAGAAGUGAUUCAACUUAGAAUGAAUGAAAUUGGAGAACAAAGAUUAUGAAACAAUAUCACAACUUAAGGUUCUGAGGAAGACAAAAAGUGAAUACGUAUGUACUGCUAUAACCAACUUUGUAUUAUGCCAAAUAAGGUUUAUAACAAUUAAUUCAUAAAGCAACGUAGAACCUGGCACAUAUGUGCAUCGAUCCAGGCUGUCACAUUUUAUUAGUACAGAGAGAUGAAAUUAUCGAGAUGUACAUCUGAGUAGCAGAUGUGACUACAGAAUCUGUGGUAGUAGGAAGGUUUCGGCAUAGACAAAAUGAUUCGAGAAGAUGGAAUGAAUCCAUGGAGUAAAAAGUAUACGAUUAUUUUUUAAAGCUCGAGAUCUUAGGGAAGGCAAGGAGUGAGUGCACCUGUGUUAUUAUGACCAAUCCUGUUGGUUCUCACCUAAUGCUUCCAACCAUUCGUCACGAUAAUCCUGAGGACCUCAAUUAGGUAAUCUGCAUCUAUCUAGAUUUCUCAGUCCGGUAGUCAAUGGCUUCAUGCACUGGUAUGACAAGGUCUCCAACAUUAGGUUGUCAUUACUAUCCAGAUCCAACUCAAGAUGAUUUCAUCUUGUAAUGUGGUUCGAUUUAACCGACUAAAUGGACUAAUAUCAUGUCUUAGUUCUACCACUCAAGAUCAACCAUUACCAAUACAGGAAUAAUCGCCGUUUCUCUAUACUUUAGAACAAAAAAAUCGCCGAUUUUUAUUAGGUCAAUUUUGAAAAUAUCUCAAAUCAACAUGAACUCAUUAUUAAUGCUUUAUCUUGUCAUUUUUGCCUAGAAGUUAAAAUUCAUUCAGCUAAUCAAUCAAUCAUUAAAUCGUAUAUUUCUUUAUUUUACAUUAUGCCUACUCAUGAACAACAGUUUUAAUGACCUUUUUAGUACAAGUCUAUUUGUGUGUUUAUCUAUAUAUCUGUGUGUGGUUGUUCUAUAUGAUCGAUAAUGUUAUUAGUUUUUCUCACAUAUGUAGUUCACAUUUAUUUAUCUUUUCAUUAGAAAUUCGAUAAGAGUUAGGGAGACUAGUGAAUUAUGAACAAGUUGGUGAAUUAUUUAUUUUUGAACACAAUUAUAAAGCGAUUUAGUCUGUCCAUGGUGUAUCUUGCUGUGUCAAAAUGAUGGAAUUGGUGAAUGUUGGUAUUUGUUAAUAACAACAGACCUCAAGGAUAACUCAAUACUUGGUUUUGAAUAGAUGUUAUCAAACAAGAAAUACAAAAUGAUUCUCAAAACCUCGAGUAGAAAACUGAUGGCGGAAAGUUUGGAAGAAGUUUUACUUCGAAGGUUAUUAUGCACAGAAAACGAGGCGAUUUAUAGGUUUAUAUGUGAUCUUGAAGCUUCUGAAAUCAUCCUAUUCUGAUUUGUUUUGUAAAAACCACAGCAAUUUGGUCAACAUCAGUGUCGUAAAAAUUGUGUGGCAUUCUUUUGCAACUGAUUAAUAACAUUAUUUAGGGGCCAUUCACGUUAAUCAUUAAUACCCACUUACUUACGCUUGUCUAAACUGUGCCCUUGAAGUUGAAAGAUCUUCAUUCAGAAGAAUUAUGACGCCUCAUGGUGAAAGCCGAGACUCUUGAGAAGUCACGAGGCCGAUGUUCUUUCUAACAACCAAAGAAACACUUAAUAUAGGCACAUGGGAUCGAUUAAUACCCACUAUUCAUUCGUAAUAUCGGAAAGUUGUUUAGCUGACUGCAGGUUGAACUCAUUAACGAUGAUUCAGCUUAGAAAUAACGUAGCUUUCAGACUAAUUCACAACUACUACUGAUAUUGUUUUUUUUGUCUCUCAACAUGAUACGUGAUUUUUGGUAGUGUAAUUAUACUAUUAGUCGAUUUUUGAAGCAGCAAAUUAAUUCAAUGCUCAACAUCAUGUUUAAUGUUUUUAUUUUUUUUAAACUGUUUUCCUCAGGUUUUUACGAGACUCAGGAUUCACCCAAGUUCCUUUAACGAGUAAUAGUUCUGUUACUCCUGUAGUUAAUCGAGAUUUCGAUCAUCAUUCUAGAGAAGUGCCUCGUGACUCAGAGAUUAAUAAUAAUAACAGUAUAUUUGAAGACCGUCAGAAUUAUCGUAAAUCAUCAAAUAUCUCGUCGGCAUCAUCAUCGUCAUUGUCCUCAUCGUGUAAAAGAAGAAACUUUUCAGGAGCAAUCAACAAUCGUUCAUUCCCUUUUGGUAGCAAAAGGAACCAAGUCAAAUCUUCAUUGUGUACUAAUUUUCAUGGAAUUACUUCUAAAUCAUUGUCAUCAACAUCAACAACAACACCGACUUCAAUAUCAUCAUCAUCAUCAUCAUUACCAGGAAUUAUGUUGUCUAAAGCUUCAACUUUACAGUCGAAUAUCACAUGCUCAAAUGUAGUGGAUUCAUCUAAUCGUAUUCCAGCUCCUAAUGUUAAUGCAGUUAAUUUAUCACAGGAUUUACCAAUGAAUUUAAGUGCUAAACCACAAGAACCAAUUGCUCUAAUAAAAUAUAUUGUUGAACCAUCAGUUUAUACUAAAAUGAAUGGAAUUCAGUCGAGUCAUCUUAAUCAUUCAGAAAAUAUAUGUGAUAAACACGUUUCAAAUAAUUGUUUGUCAUCAGCUGAAGUAAUUGUUCAAACAGCUGUUGAAGCGGCUCGUAAUCUUGCUACAGAUAAACCAACUUUAAAACAGACAGAUAAAUUUAGUCAUUCUACACCAGAUUCAAAAAAUUCUGAAAGAAUACCCACUCCAGGAAAUUUAUCUGAUCAUGUAAAACCAAUCGAUGCUCAAGUGAUAAAUUUCAAUACAUCAGAUUUAGAAGAGCAAUAUUACUCUAAAGGAUUAUCCACUUCAACUCCAUGUUAUCAAGAAAAUGGUCGAAAUGAUAAAUCAUGUUCGCUUCCUUCUAGUAGCAGUAGUUGUACAACUUGUACAGAAGAUUCUUCUACAUCAGAAAAAUUAAAUAAGGAUAUGAAACAGAACAAUGUAAAAUCAUUACAUACUUCAAAUAAACCAGAAUCUGAUGCACGACAAAGUCAUGGAGUUAAAUCUCACGCCUAUUUAAAGGAUCCACGCCCUUAUAAAUGUAAUAUGUGUCAUGUAGGUUUUCGUGUUAGUGGGCAUUUAUGUAAACAUUAUCGUUCUAAAUCACAUAUGUCAAAUAUUUUACAAAUGGCUCAAUUAUCAAAUAGUACAAUUGAACGUAUUUUACAAAGUCAUAUGGGCAAUCUUCAACUUAUUAAUCCAGAUACUGGUGAACUGAGUAUGCGAAUAUUAGAAAAAAUAAUUCCACCUUGUGAAUUUCCAGCAAUAACAACCGUUAAUUCAGGAACAAAUGGACAUAACUAAAAAUCUGCCCUAAUUGUAUCUGCUUUAACAAUUGUGAUUACAGUAUAAACUGUUUUUUGUACAUAUGAUCAAAAUUUUUAAAAUAAACAAUGAUACUUAUUUUUUGCGA